AUGUCGGCGUCCAAAGACUCCAGCGGCACCUCCAAGAUGGAGAAGAGCAACGGCCCGCAGCUGAGAGGAGCUCAAAGUGACGAUUUGAAUCAUCAGUAUACCACUCCGGAUGAUUUGUCCGUGGAUGAACAGAGUGCUAUCUUACAAGCCAUGAGCCUUGAGUCCCCCCCUGGAAUGGUCACGUCACCAACCAGCUUAUCAACGAACUUUAACCAUCCAAACAUUCCUCUAUCAUCCACUCCAUCCACUCCCCUCAGUCCUACAACAGAAAGCUCUUCUCCAGGGCAGUCCAAAUUCACCAAAGCUUGGCAAGAAGUCCGAUAUUUUGCUGGCGGUCUCAUCACUCACCCCUACGAAUCGACAAAGCAUUACUCGAUACUACGACACUCUCUCGGCAUAGUCUACUAUAGUGGUUCUUCCACCAAUCUAGCAAUUACCAUCUUUUCCGACCGAGAAUUGCCCUCCGAUAGGACUCUGUGGCUACAACGGAAGGGAUUUUCUGGGAAGACAGGCUUGAAAAUUGGCGGUUUACUAGGCGCGAGAAGCACUUGGAUUGACGUCACUCCGGUCGUCAAAGCCACGCCUGAUCAACUUAAUCCUGCCAAUGAACGUGCGUGGCAGCGAGAUAUCAACAAGUUCCUCAAGAAAGCACCGAAAGAGAUCCGAUCUCACCGUGUUCGCGAGACUGACAUACUCAGAAUUCCUUGCGAUGCCGAUGAUGGCUAUUUGAGAGUUGUCUUGUGCACCGCUGAAGGAAAGAAGGUCCUGUGCGGCAGUCCGAUAUUUCGCCUCGCCUCCUCGUCCACCGACAGCAGCGUGAUCAGGGGUGCGUCGCUAAAGACAAUGCCAAUCGAGAUGGGAAUCAAGUUGGCUUCGGUGGUAGCAAGCGACACCGUGUCGGCCACUCUGACACCGCUGGCCGAAACUGCUAGGUCGGCUGUGACCACUCAAAUAUCCCAGAUAUAUCAACCUAGUGCGUUAGCUCAGCAAGCCAUGACCACGGCCUAUGAUGCAAGCGGGGUCCAGGAUCGAAUCGACAACAUGAAUGAACAAUACGAUGAAGCUCGAGAAACCGCAUUCAGUCCCUCUGAAGGACAAGCGUACGAUGCCCUGGCCCGUCCAGAUAUCGUCGGACCGGCAUCGGGUCCCGUUUCGCCUUUUCCUGUACGGUUUCAUGGAAAAGUGGUACCUGGGACCGGGAGAAGUAAAGAAUCGUUGAAUAUGCCCACUGCCAAUCUAACAGGAGUACCCGAAGACAUUCUCUGGCGGCACAAAGGUGUCUUUUUUGGGUGGGCUACAGUAAACUUGCCCAAGAAACUGGCUGGAGAGGAGAAGAACGUCCCUGAUGAAUGGCACCAAGCUCUCAUUUUCAUCUCCCCAGACCCUGACCGAAGGAGGACAGUUGUUCAUAAGAAUACUGCCCGCGUCUACUUGAUACACGACUUUCAAUCAGCUCAAUUCUUUGAUGCCAAGCUAUCUGUCAUCCUGAUGGGAUAUCUGCGUGCUCUACCAGAACCCGAGCCAGGACAGGAACCGGACACUGAUGCUCAGCUGUUUGACUUCUACAAAGAUGUUGCCACAACCAAUGCAAGCCUGUCUCGAUCGGCAUGGACUGCAGAGGCUAAUGUGGAAAAGGUUAAAUCAGCGGCCUCAAGUCGAUCAUUCACAGAGCGAUAUGUCGAUUUCCGGCAGAGCAGCCAGAGGCAGAUCGAUCGAGUCCCAGUGCAUAGAUUGGGUGUGCGUACAGAAGGGGCAUCUCUCAGAGAUCGGUUGGUGGGAAACGGAGGAGUUUGGAUUCCAAGAGAACAGUUGACUCAUACGUCGACUGUCUGA